AUGCGUUCCAUUUCCUCCAUUGCUUUGCUCUCCGCGAUAGGAGCAGCCUCGGCUCAAGCCGUGACUAGCUCAGCGCCAGGCUCGACUUUCUCGACUUCGGUUUCUUCGACCGGACGCCCUUCGUCCACCCCCUUGAGCCCUCCUCAGCCCACUGGCAGCGGUUCUUUUGCCAAGGUGGAUGGACUUAAGUUCAACAUCGAUGGAGAGACCAAGUACUUCCCUGGCACAAACGCCUAUUGGCUGCCAUUCCUGACCAAGGACACGGACGUUGACUCCGUCUUCAAGAACCUGCAGAAGAGCGGUCUCAAGAUUCUCCGAACCUGGGGUUUCAAUGAUGUGAACACCGCCCCAACCGAUGGGACUGUCUACUUCCAGGUCCACGACAAGGCCACUGGUACCAGUACCAUUAACACUGGCGCUGAUGGCUUGAAGCGUCUUGAUUACGUGGUCUCCGCUGCUGAGAAGUACGGCAUCAAGCUGAUCAUCCCCUUUGUGAACUACUGGGAUGAUUAUGGUGGUAUGAGCGCCUACAUUGCUGCCUAUGGAGGCAGUAAGACGGAAUGGUACACCGAUGAGAAGAUCCAGGGUGUGUACCAGGCAUAUAUCAAAGCUGUUGUCUCUCGCUACAGCGAUUCCCCUGCCAUCUUUGCAUGGGAGUUGGCCAAUGAGCCUCGCUGCUCGAGCUGCAAGACCGAUGUCAUCUCUAGCUGGGUGGCCAAGACUGCCGCCUACAUCAAAUCCCUCGAUUCUAACCACAUGGUCACCACUGGCGAAGAGGGUAUGGGUCUGACUGUCGGAUCGGAUGAUACUUACCCUUAUGGCAACAGCGAAGGCAACGACUUCGCUAAGAACCUUGCAGCCCCUGAUAUUGACUUUGGAACUUUCCACCUCUACGUGGCCGACUGGGGUAUCACCGACAAUGCUUGGGGCAAUGACUGGGUUAAGUCUCACGCCAAAGUAUGUGACGCUGCAGGAAAGCCUUGCUUGUUUGAGGAAUACGGCAUCAAGGAUGACCACUGCUCCGACUCGGUGGAUUGGCAGAAGACCGCCUUGACUACCGCCGGUAACGCUGCCGAUCUGUUCUGGCAGUAUGGCCAGCAGCUGUCCUCCGGUGCCUCUCCAAAUGACCACUACACUAUCUACUACGACACUCCUGACUGGAAGUGCGGUGUCGCUGACCAUGUCAGCCAGGCUUCAGAGUAG